UGGUGAAACCGAAGAGAGGGGGGGCAGAGCAUAAGACAUCCUUAAAUUCCGCAAAAAGUUCCCUCACUCUUAACUCAGAGAGAGCGGGGAAAAAAAAACGCAGCUUUUGAGGUUCAUUCAAUCCACUCUGUUUCUUCACAUUAGUUUCCGCAGAAUCGCUGGCGCAAAUGCCGCAAUCGGGCUCAAUUCUGAGACUGAGGAUGGAGAUCGAGAACGGAUCUCGGUUGUGGAUAUGAGACGGGCAAUUCGGGUUCGCGUCUCAGAUUGAUCUCGAGCCCAGACUGGCGUUCCCCGGCGGCUAAUUCAGCUUCUCGAGCCCGGAAUUCGGUACCUCGCGAUUCUUGCCUUGAUUCCCCGUUAUUUUCCUGCUGAAUUCGGGGCGAGAAAUCGUAGAUUUUCCCGUUGAUGGUUUACUUGCAAACCUGGUGUAAUGGAAGAAGGCAGCGUUUCAACAGUUCAGAGGUGGGAAGACCUCAAUGUGGAUAUUCUGGUGAAGAUAUUUCAGUUGUUCGACAUCUUCGAACUAACUUCAGGGAUAGCCCAUGUUUGCAGCUCGUGGCGGUCCGCUGCUUGCGACCCUAUCCUGUGGAAUACUCUCGACUUAUCCACUGUCGAGUCCAACUUCAUCAAGAUUCCUCAGGAGCCAUAUGUCUACGUACAUGCACGGUCCCAUAAGACCCUGACUCGGCUCCUGAAGAUCUCGCUCAGUCUUAGCACAGGAUGCAUCACUAACUUGAUCUUUCAUUACAACCUGUAUUUUAAUGAUGAGCAGCUCAACUACACAGCUCAGAGGAGCCCACGAGUGAGGCGGCUUGUAAUGCCUGCUUGGAACCGAAUCAAAAUAGCUGCGAUCUGCAGGGCAAUCAGGAGGUGGCCUGAGCUCGUGUCCAUGACCAUGCCCAGCAUAACUGAGCCCUCCUACGUGAUGGAAGAGAUCUCGCUGAGCUGUCAGAACUUCAGUCAGCUCAAGAUCAUGGGCCCAUUUGGCAUGAUCUUUGCCUCCUCCCUGACCACAUACCUCCCAGGCCUCAAGGUGCUCAGCCUCCAGUUCUCACUCGUGUACAAGGACGCCUUAGUCCACAUCCUGGACGAUCUCCCCCAGCUCGAGGUCCUCAACAUUAGCCAUUGUGUCCUCCUUGAGAUCAACCCGCCUCCAUUCCCGAGGAGGAUUAUCAAGCACACCCACCCUGUCAUCCUCAGCAAGGCUUCCCGCCUCCGAGAAUUCUACUACUGCACCAAUGAAUUCUGCAUCAUGUGUCAGCGGGCGAGGAACGACGAGGGGCUGAUGAGGUGGUACAAGUACGAGGAGGGGCUGUGGAAGUCCGAUGCUGUGAAGUGCCUUGCGCUCUGAGUUAGCAGGCCAGGGUGGGCUUAUCCCAGGCUGGGCUGCGCCUUUCGUUGGAUAGGAACCAAAAUAAACUACAGGAUCAUAGAGAGGAUUGUUGGGUGGAUGUAAAUGUAGUUCUGUUUUUGGGUCUCGAAGAGAGUCUCAAGCUAGGCAGCAAAGUUCCUCCGAUGUGUAAGCAUCUGGGGUUCCGGAUUCGGAGAGGUUUUAGGUUUCAGAAAAGGCUUCGAAUUCAAUAGCAUGCGAACUGUUGGUGUAUUUAUAGUACAUACAUCUUCCUAUGCACUUGGCUUCCUCAUUUGAGCGGAAAAUCUUAUCCCGAGAAAGUGUUCCGCUGUAAAAAUUUUCCGGCCAUAAAUGGAAAGCACUUUCCCUUCUCACA